AUGGGGUUUAUCAAUAACAAAAUUCCAUUGAUAUAUGCUGCAUCUGCUUCCGCGAUUGUGAUCAUUCUAGUAGUAUUGUUUCUCAUUUGCGUGUGCAAAAAGAAAAAGGGACCAAGUCGUGUGGAAGAGCAAGUAGCUGUCAAAGUACUCUCCCAGUCAUCAUCACAAGGCUAUAAACAUUUCAAGGCAGAGAUUGAACUUCUGAUGAGAGUUCACCACAUAAACUUGGUAAGCCUUGUCGGGUAUUGCGAUGAACGAGGUCAUUUGGCUCUCAUCUACGAAUACAUGUCUAAUGUAGACUUAAAACAUCAUUUGUCAGGAAAACACGAUGGGGCUAUUCUGAAGCGGAGUACGCGAUUAAGAAUAGCCAUUGAUGCCGCACUAGAUUUCGGGCUUUCAAGAUCCUGCCAGCUCGGAGAUGAAUCUCAUGUUUCGACGGUUGUUGCUGGUACUCCAGGGUAUCUUGAUCCCGAAACGGGUCGGUUGACCGAGAUGAGCGAUGUGUACAGCUUUGGGAUUGUGUUAUUGGAGAUGAUGACAAACCAACGAGUGAUUGACCAAAACCGUGAAAAGCGACACUUUACAGAAUGGGUGGCACUUGUGAUAAACAGAGGAGAUAUUACCAGGAUCAUGGAUCCUAAUCUUUGCGGCGAUUACAACUCAACUUCUGUAUGGAAAGCUCUUGAAUUGGCUAUGUCAUGUGCAAAUCCUUCUUCAGAAAGGCGACCAAGCAUGUCCGAAGUUAUUACCGGACUUAAAGAGUGUCUAACUUCUGAAAACUUGAUGAGAAAUAAGAAUCAAGACAUGGACUCCGAUAGUUCUCUUGAAAUGACCAUGAACUUUGGUACUGAGGCUUUCCUUAGUGCAAGGUAG